AAGGAUAUCGCCAAAAUCUACUGAAAUGAAAUAGCCUUUUAAAGUAUUUUCUUAUUCAAGAAAUAAUUCUAGCGUCUGAAAUUUCUUACACCAAACAUUUCGACCAUAUAAUAACAGUUUGUAAUACAAGCUUCAAUUUGUUUAUUUGGGAUUUGUGAAUCAAACACACAUGGGCCGAGAUCGAGAUCGUAGUAGCUCGCGGCACCGCAGCCGCAGCCGCGAGCACCGCAGAAGCCGCGACAGAGGGCGGGACCGGAGUAAGGAGCGGCACCGAUCUCGAGAGCGAAGCAAAGAUCGACACAGAGACAAAAGUGUAGACCGGAGAGAGCGCACAAGAGAUCGUAGCAGAGACAAACACAGCAAGGACCGCCAGAGAGAUCGGAAGCCCAGAGAGCGUAGUCACAGCAGGGAGAGAUCGCACAUGCCUCACAAGGACAGGGAAAAUGAGCGCCGUGGGGAUGAUAGGACUCGUGGCUCGUACAAAGAUUUCGGUGGUGGUGGAGGCGGGCUGGGCUCAGGCGGGGGUUUUGGCUCUAGUGGAGGAUUUGGAGGAGGCCUAGGUAGUAGUGCGACCGGCACAGGCGGCGGCACAGGUGUAGGCGGGCGUGGACGCUACAAACCACAAGAAGAUGACUUCUUGGACGCGCGCCGCGAGCAACGAGAGCGCAUCGGCGAGCUGGGAGUUCCUGCUGUGUGGGGCAAGUCACCACAGAGGCCAGAUUCUGAUGAAGAAUCUGAACCAGAAAACAACAAGAAAAGCAAAGACAAGAAAAAGAAAAAGUCCAAAGACAAAGAGGACACCAAGCAGGAGCUGAAGAAGCUAAAAAAGAAGCUGAAGAAGGUGAAGAAGGCGCGCAAGAAAGCCAAGAAGUCCAGGAGCUCCCCCGGCCACUCCAGCUCGGGCGAAGAACUCUGGCUCGAGAAAGGAAAAGAGCACGAAGUGAUCGGCCGACCAUCGGUGGAGGCCGAGGCGGCCCCGGGCCCGGCGCCGGGCGCGGCGGCGGGCGGCGCGCCGCUGCGCGAGUUCGGGCGCGCGCUGCUGCCGGGCGAGGGCGCCGCCAUGGCCGCCUUCGUGCACGACGGCAAGCGCAUACCCCGCCGCGGGGAGAUCGGCCUCACCAGCCUAGAGAUCGCGGCCUACGAGAGCGUGGGAUACGUCAUGAGUGGCAGCAGACAUCGUCGCAUGGAGGCCGUACGUAUCCGCAAGGAGAACCAGAUCUACUCCGCGGACGAGAAGCGAGCGCUCGCCGCCUUCAGCAAAGAGGAGCGGGCCAAGAGAGAGGGCGCCAUCUUAGCGCAAUUCAGAACCGUGCUCAGGGCUAGAACUGCGAGACGAGACGACGCAUAGUCUGUCUCUCU